GGUGGCAAACGGCGGAUAAUUGAGGAAAUAAAAUGACAAACCAACAGGAUUUGAUGAUAUCAUUGAAUGGAGAUUGUUUAGAUCACAUUUUCAAAAUGUUACCCAUAGGCGAUCGCAUUAAUAUGAUUAUUUCAUAUCAAAAUUUUUAUGAUAUUUUUAGAAAACGUUUAAGAAUCGAUUAUAAAUCUAAUUUAAAUACAAGAUUUUUUAAUACUUUACACACCUUUCAACUGCAAGUAUUGCUUUCGAUUAUUGGUGCGUAUAUAAAACAUUUGAAAAUAGAAUUUCCCUUCGAAGAACAAAGUUAUUUAAGGGAAUUUAUAUAUUUUAAAUUUUUAUUUACCUAUUGCAUUAAUGUUGAGUCUUUGAAAUAUUUUGGUUGGUGUGUAAACGAUGAGUCUAUUAGAUAUUUAAAUUCUUUGAGAAAUUUAAAGUCUUUAGCGAUAAUCAAUAAUCCCGAGAUAACUGGUAAUUAUAUUUACGAACUCAAAGGUCUGCAAGAAUUGUCCCUCAAUAAUUGCACCCACAUAGAGUCACGGUACUUUGAGAAAAUUUUCCAAAAUCUUCAAAGUUUACAGUUACUCGAUAUUAGAAAUUGCAAUAACUUAUCUAGUCAAAAUUUUCAAACAAUUUUUGAAAAUCUCAAACACUUACAGACUCUCAAAUUGUCUACUACCAAAGAGCAUAUCAAUUGUCUAGCACAAUUACCUCGGUUAAAGCAGUUGGAAAUAUGGAGAGAUAAUAUAAUUAGUCCUCCUAUAACCAAGGAAUUUCUUGGCAAUUUAGCUAAAUAUCAAGCUAAACAAUUGGACGCACUAAAACUGGUAGAUUGUUCAUCAUUUGAUGCGGAUAAAGCCUCGUUAGUAGCUCAGUUGGAGAAGUUAAAAGUCUUACAUUGCAUGUGUAAUCCCUGUGAUGAGGCAAUCAUGGAAAAAUUUUCACAUUUAAGUCAACUGAAAGAGCUUAAUAUCAAUAAUUCUUAUUUUAUCUCUAAUCGUUCAGUUUUACAACUUUUGUCAAACUGUCAACGUUUAAAACGUUUUAGUUUAAGAUCUUGUGGCUUAAUAACCGCCGAACUUAUACCUAAUCUUCUCUACUUGUUAAAGCAGCAGCGUCAACUUCCCACCGAUCGCGUGCAUAUAGAUCUCAAUCCUUAUAAGUUUUCGGGCAAAAUUUCGGAAAUCGAUUUAGAAGAUUCUUCGGAUGUUCUUAAAUUUUCUUAUAAAUAUCUGACUUAUGAUUAUGAGUGUUUAACACAAAUGAUAAAAAUCAUAAAAUAA